CUUCCUUUCUCCUGCUGCCACUCCGCUUCGAUGGGCAGACUUUUUCUCCGGUGAAUUCUCUACGGCAGACUCCCUCCGGCAAAUCUGAAAAAUGUACCAGUGCGUUAAAAAGUGUACCAAUCCAUUAGUCUACUGGUAAUUAAUAUACCAGUGCUAGUGGUACGCUACUAGUGCGUUAAAAAAUGUACCAGUGCUAGUGGUACGCUACCAUUACCACUUGUAGCGGCACCAUUAGCAGUACCAUUGCCACUGGUAGCGUACCACUAGAGACUAGCACAAAAAAAAAAUUCAUAUCUGAAAUAUGAAAAAAUCACAGAUCUGGAAAAAAAAAUCAGGGAUGACGAAAGGGGGAGGCAGGGGAGAGGCGGUGACCUCGUGGCGACGGUGGUGGUGGGAGACAGGGCGGCGGGAGGGUUGCGACGACGGUGGUGGUGGGAGGAGGAGGCCGCGAUGGCUGCGGGGCGAGGGACGUGACAAUGCUGGGAGGCGGAGGACGCGACGACGGGAGGGCUGCAUUAGUGAUGAGAGGCGGAGGGCGUGGCGGGUCGGCAGGACGGCUGCGACGACGGUGGUAGCAGCCGAUAGAGAGAGAGAGAGGGAAGAGAUUGGAGGAAGAAGAAGAAUAGGAAGAAGAAAGAUGGCGUGAGAGAGAUGAAAGAGAGAAUGUAGGGUUUUAGGUAUUAAUAGGGGUAAUAAUCUAGUGUGGUCAAUUGUUUUCGUCCAAAAAUACCCUUAAUCCAAUCUGUACCAUUGAUUUGAAAAAAAAGAAAAAAGAGACAAGAAAGAGAAUGGAUCCUAUGGUUAUAAAAUGGGUUGUCAAUCUCACAACUCCCUAAUGAGGUUGUCACCGUAUCUCAUCCCCUCCAAUUGCAUUACUUAAUGCAGUUAAACUAAUGUAACAAUUAAAGACUAAUGGAAGUU